AUGUCCGAUAAUAACUUAAUCCACGUGAUACCGCCCUACCUUCUCAAUACAUGUUUAGGUUUGGAACUACAGAGGGAGCUAUUCUGGGCCAAUCCGGAAUUGGGUGCUAAAAACGCCUUUGUCUCGUCGCCUUCAUGUCACUUUCGUCAGCCAAAGAACUUGCCACGCAAGCAGGAUGCCUUUUGCGAGGAUAAGAGUGUCAAUGAUGCCCUAAAAGAGAAACUCAGAGAGAAGUUUGCUGUAGCUGGAAUUUUGGGCGAUUCUCCACCGCAAAAGAUAUCAGAAGAAUACCUCUUUGAGCUAUACGAGAUCUUCAAGUCCAGAUUACGGACAGAGGGCCCUAAGAGCCGAGCAGAUACGAAGGAAACCCCGGAGAACGGAAUUCUGGCCCUUGCAGUAGCUUCCAGCAUGGCACCACACACUGAUGCAUUGCCAAAGAAAAAACAAUCUGUAUUUGAGUUCCCGAAUCUUGGGGAGUUUCGUUUUGGGCCCGAAGUCAUUAAGGAAAUCGCAAAUUCAAGAGGUGUGAGCCCCGAGGGCCUUAAAAAUAUGGUGGCCAGCUUGUCUGAACUUAUGAGGCUGGCUAGAGAUAACAAUGGACAUAAGUACUCUUUUUUGCCUUACCUAAUGGUCAAUAACCAACGGACGUUUCUCUCGCCAUUACCAAUGUACUGGACUCUGUUGUCGAUAGAUAAACAAUUAGAGCAGCUCGAUGUGCUCUACGGAAUGUCCGUAAGUCUUGAGAAUGGCUAUUCGAUUCUAGAGUUCAAGCUCAACAAGUUGGACUUCAACUUUGAGGAUACCAUGCGCAGAAAACGUUAUUACAAUUUCAUUGCCAACAACGAGGUGGAUGAUCGUACAGGAGUCUUCUACUAUGAGGUACUGGUGGAGCAGAAGACCACGCCAGCAACGAAUCACCGGCCCAUUCUCCUGGCCAAUGAUUCAUCACUUUCGUCAGGGUCUUCGUUAUUGUUUAGCGUGGGAUUCACUAAAAGGCACGUCCGCUAUGACACCAUGCCAUCUACGUCUGGAAGCACAACCACUACCGAGAGCAUUGAUUUGAAAGAUAUACAAAAUGAGAUUGCAUUUUAUAACCAAGAGGCAUACACUUCAAAUUUGGACGACGACACCUUAACAUUCCUUGGAGCAGAACCGGGAAUUUCAUUUGAGGGAAGUUUUGCUUUAAGCUUCAACAAUUCGUGCUCGUAUGCAUCCAUUAAAAAUGGCGAUAACAGCUACCGUACAUCGUCUCUCAAUAUGAACAGAAGAUUUUCGCAAUUGAAUAGACAAGCGGCGAAUGAGCUGGACACAAGCCGUUUGGAUGUUGAGGUACCAUUCACAACACAUGCAAAACCCUCUAUGCAAGGCAACAAGAUUCUCUGCACGGAUACUGUUGGCUGUGGGGUGAAUUUCAUCAGUAAAACGUUGUUCAUUACACUCAACGGUAUUUUAGUGAAAACGAUCAGCCACAAUGAGAUAAUUAAUACCAACAGACACAAGGAUUCGAUAUUCGUGUCGUCUUCAAAGCCAGUGUCUUUGUUCCCGAUGAUUGGUUUCCAACUUUCAGACGUCCCGGCCACAAUUGGUGAAGGUGACUUACCGGAAUCAAAGAUCAUCACCAAUUUUGGACAAAAGGAGUUCCUUUUUAAUAUUAAUCAUUAUGUCAAAGAGUUCAAAUCUGAGCAGGAAACAGAAUUGAAUAGUACUAUAGCCGAAGAGUUGCGCAAUUUGACGUUAGCAUCCUCGAUCGUGACCGGCUUACCAGAGGAAUCUUUUGAGAAAUCCGUUAAAAAUUUCAAGGACGAUCCAACUCUCUUGAAUGAUUUCGUAAAAGGAUAUCUUGUGCAAGAAGGAUACUUGGAUACACUUGAGUCUUUCAAAGAUGACCUUACGGAUUUGGCAGAGAACACUUCAUAUAAAGCAAAUGGCGAUGUGCUGGCAAAUGACCUGCAAAAUAACAAAGAUGCUGAGUCUUUGAUCAAAGAAUCUGAUGCAGUCAACAGACACACAUUGAGAACACUCAUAUUCGAGGGUGAGUUCAAGAAAGCCGCUGAUUUCUUGCAAGAGAAUUACCCCAAGCUUGCUCUGAUGAAAAGAUGCAUUUUUGACCUUCAGGUUAUGCACUAUGUACACCUUCUCAAACGUUUCAUCGAUGUGAAAGUCGGAAAUGAGUUUGUCUUUGGAGAUGGCGGAGCAAACGAGACGCAAAAGUUAUUCACAGAGGCAUUCGAAUACGGAAGGAAUCUAUUAAACAACCCAGAAGCUCGUUCUCUCAAGCAGGCACUUUCAGAGCUUUCGGGCGUCUUGUUGGUCCACGAGAAGGAGGAUUUAGCAGAGCUUACGAACGCCAAAAAAUAUUUAGAUAACUUUGGUCGUGAGCUUGGGGAGUUGGCAAAUCGAGUGAACUUGGCUAUUUUAGAACUGAAGAAUUUUCACUCCGAAUCCAGAUUAGAGAAUAUGAUUCACAGUGUGGGCAGAAAUAUUAGCACGCUUUGCGCUGAUAACGAUGAUCCGUUCAAGAUGAUUAACUAUGAGAAGGAUUACAUUGAUAUUUAG